CCCCGCACCCCCCCGCCGCCGGGGCUUCCCUUCCUCUCCUCAUUCAGCGCCGCCUCGGCCGCCGAGCGCCCGCCGCGCCGCUGUUCCCCCGGCAUGUCCCGCAGCCGGGCUCCCCUCAGCACCCGGCUCCUGUAGCGCCUCCGCCCGCGGGUGAGGCAGGGCUGAGGGGGGCGGCCAAGGGGGUGCCGUUCCCGGGGCUCUCCGGACACCGCGGGGCUAUGGGGGGCUCUUGAGGCGAGCAGCGGGGAAGCGGAACGUCUCGCCCCGCCGCCACCACCACCACCAUGGAGCCGCCUUCUCCUUCUCCUCCUCCUCUUCCUCCUCCUCCUCCUCCUCAUCCCGGCGCGGCGGAGCCCGCCGGCUGCCCCAAAGACACCGACCGCCAGCUGCGCCUCCGUCUCUGUGUCCUCAACGAGAUCCUCAGCACCGAGCGGGACUACGUGGGGACCCUCCGGUUCCUGCAGUCGGCAUUUCUUCACCGGAUCCGCCAGAAUGCUGUGGACAAAGCCGAGAAGUACAUAACAGAGGAGAAUGUUAAGGUCUUAUUUUCUAACAUCGAAGACAUUCUUGGUGUUCACAAGGAGUUCCUGGCUGCUCUGGAAUUUAGUUUACAACCAGAACCUCAGUCUCAGCAUGAACUGGGAAAUGUUUUCUUAAAAUUUAAAGACAAAUUCUUUGUGUACGAGGAGUACUGUAGCAACCAUGAGAAAGCACUCAGACUGCUAAUGGAAUUGAACAAGAUCCCAACAGUGAGAGCAUUCCUCUUGAGUUGCAUGCUUUUGGGAGGCAGAAAGACAACAGACAUUCCACUGGAGGGUUAUCUGCUGACGCCAAUUCAGCGAAUUUGCAAGUAUCCACUUCUGCUCAAGGAAUUGGCUAAGAGGACUCCCUCUAAGCAUCCUGAUCACCCAGCUGUCCAGAAUGCAUUGCAGGCAAUGAAGACGGUCUGCACAAAUAUCAACGAGACCAAGCGACAGAUGGAGAAACUGGAAGCCCUUGAACAGUUGCAGUCCCACAUUGAAGGAUGGGAGGGAUCGAAUCUUACAGAUAUCUGCACACAGCUCUUGCUCCAAGGGACUUUGUUAAAAAUCUCAGCAGGGAACAUCCAAGAGAGAAUGUUCUUUCUAUUUGAUAAUCUACUCGUCUAUUGCAAGAGGAAAUCCAGAGUUGCUGGGAAAAAAGCAUCUAAACGGACAAAGUCAAUCAAUGGGUCCCUUUAUAUCUUCAGAGGCCGAAUAAACACAGAAGUCAUGGAGGUGGAGAAUGUGGAGGAUGGAACAGCAGAUUACCACAGCAACGGCUACACGGUGACAAAUGGCUGGAAGAUACACAACACAGCCAAAAACAAAUGGUUUGUCUGUAUGGCCAAGACUGCAGAGGACAAGCAGAAAUGGCUGGAUGCUAUAAUCAAGGAAAGAGAGCAGAGAGAGAGUUUGAAACUGGGAAUGGAGAGGGAUGCAUACGUCAUGAUUGCAGAGAAAGGAGAGAAGCUGUACCAAAUGAUGAUGAGCAAGAAAGUGAACCUUAUCAAAGACAGGAGGAGAAAACUAAGUACUGUUCCCAAGUGCUUUCUUGGCAAUGAGUUUGUAUCAUGGCUCACAGAGAUUGGGGAGAUAAGCAAACCUGAGGAAGGGGUCAACCUGGGACAGGCACUAUUGGAAAAUGGAAUUAUUCAUCAUGUUUCAGAUAAGCACCAGUUUAAGAAUGAGCAGGUGAUGUACAGAUUUCGCUAUGAUGAUGGAACAUAUAAACCAAGAAGUGAAUUGGAAGACAUCAUGUCCAAGGGUGUGAGACUCUACUGCAGACUACACUGCCUGUAUACUCCAGUGGUAAAAGAUCGUGACUAUCACCUGAAGACCUACAAAUCAGUAAUUCCUGCAAGCAAACUAGUGGAUUGGCUUAUCGCACAGGGAGACUGUCAGACUCGCGAGGAAGCUGUCGCACUGGGUGUCGGACUCUGCAAUAACGGCUUCAUGCAUCAUGUUCUGGAGAAAAGUGAAUUUAAGGAUGAAUCCUUAUAUUUCCGCUUUUAUGCUGAUGAAGAAAUGGAAGGCACCAGUUCCAAGAGCAAACAGUUACGCAAUGACUUCAAACUUGUGGAAAACAUCCUGGGAAAGCGUCUUCUGAUUUUACCAGAAGAGGAUGACUACGGAUUUGACAUAGAAGAAAAGAACAAAGCAAUUGUGGUGAAGUCAGUUCGAAGAGGGUCUUCUGCAGAGAUGGCUGGCCUGCAAAUAGGAAGGAAAAUCUAUUCCAUCAAUGAGGACUUAGUCUUCCUACGCCCAUUUUUGGAAGUAGAAACCAUCUUAAACCAGUCCUUCUGCUCACGAAGGCCACUUCGGCUUCUGGUAGCCACCAAAUCAAAAGAGAUUAUUAAAAUCCCAGAUUGUCCUGAAGCUCUUUGCUUUCAGAUACGGGGAGCAGCACCACCAUAUGUUCAUGCAGUAGGAAGAGGGUCUGAGGCUGCAGCUGUAGGCCUUCAUCCAGGGCAGUGUAUUUUGAAAGUCAAUGGAAAUAAUGCAUCCCAUGGAAAUUAUAUGGAAGUUCUGGAGCACUUCACAGCAUACAGAAUGAGACAACAGGAAGUACUGGGAUUGUACCAGUGGGUGUACAGAACACAUGAAGAUGCUGAGGAGGACAGAGUUCAGCAAGCAGCAUCCAGUGCGUAUCUGAAUGGCAGCCAUCCUGGGUCCAGCAAAGAAGACUCUUCACUGGAAGGAGGUGAAGAAGUGGAUCCCCUUCAAAAUAGCCAGCAGGAAUCAGCCCAGAUACAGCAGACCAUCAUCUCUUCACUGAUCACUGGUGAAGAAACACCUCUCAUUAGCUUGACUGUGGAUAACACCCACCUGGAGCAUGGGGUGGUAUAUGAGUAUGUCAGCAGCGCAGGAAUCAAAUCCUUUGUCCUAGAGAAAAUUGUGGAACCAAAAGGUUGCUUCAGUCUCACCGCAAAGAUUUUAGAGGCCUUUGCUGCAGAAGACAGUCACUUUGUAAGGAAUUGCAAAAGGCUUAUAUCCCUAAGCAGUGCAGUGGCCACCAUGCCCCAGUAUGAAUUCCGGCAGAUCUGUGACACUAAGCUGGAAAGCAUUAGCAGAAGACUUGCAAACUACCAAGAGUUUGCAGAUGGAUUGAAGACAAAGGUGAGCCCAGCCUUCAAACAAGCCGUCAUGGAACCACAUUCCCUCAACAGCAUGGAUUUCUGCCCCACCAACUGCCAUAUUAACCUCAUGGAGGUAUCGUACCCCAAAAACACUACCUCAGCAGGGAGGUCAUUCAGCAUUCGCAUUGGACGGAAACCCUCUAUUAUUGGUCUUGAUCCAGAACAAGUAGGUACCAUAAAUCCAGUCUCGUAUACUCAACAUUGCAUCACCACUAUGGCUGCACCAUCCUGGAGAUGUCUGACCCCAGAAGAUGGAGAUCUUGAUGGCAGCUUUGGCCAGCAGAAUGGAGGAACAAGUCAGGAAGAAAGGGGACUCAGUUUUCUACUCAAACAGGAAGAUCGGGAGAUACAGGACUCAUACUUGCACCUUUUUAACAAACUUGACAUUGCAGUGAAGGAAAUGAAGCAAUAUGUCAUUCAGAUAAAUAAACUUCUGUCCACCAUAACGGAACCUACAGAAGGUGGUGCCUGUGAGCCACCAUCCAACGAGGAGACAUCUCCACCUUCCCUGGGAACAGAAGAGAGUGAUCCUGACAAAGCUGAACAUGGUGGCAUCAAGAAGGUCUGUUUCAAAGUUUCAGAGGAGGACCAGGAAGACUCAGGACAUGACACAAUGAGUUUCAGAGACUCAUACAGUGAAUGUAACAGUAACCGUGAUUCAGUGUUGUCAUACACCAGUGUACGGAGUAAUAGCUCUUACCUGGGCAGUGAUGAGAUGGGAUCAGGAGAUGAGCUUCCCAGUGAUAUGAGGAUUCCUUUAGACAAACAAGAUAAACUUCACGGCUGCCUGGAACACCUUUUUAACCAGGUUGAUGCAAUCAAUGCACUUCUAAAAGGAUCAGCAAUAACUAAGGCCUUUGAAGAAACCAAGCACUUUCCAAUGGACCACAGUUUGCAAGAAUUUAAGCAGAAGGAAGAAACCACAGUGAGGUGCCGGAAUAAUAUUCAAGCCAGCAUUCAAGAAGAUCCAUGGAACCUUCCAUUGCGCAUCAAGAACCUUGUUGAAAUCAUACAAAAACAUGUAGAAGAUGGGAAGAAUCAACUGCUUUUGGCCUUGUUAAAAUGCACAGAUACUGAGCUACAGCUGAGGCGUGAUUCCAUCUUCUGCCAAUCUCUUGUGGCUGCUAUUUGCACCUUCUCAGAGCAGUUACUGGCUGCUCUCAACUAUCGAUACAACAACAAUGGGGAAUAUGAAGAGAGCAGCAGAGAUGCCAGCAGAAAAUGGCUGGAACAGAUAGCAGCCACUGGUGUUUUACUAAAUUACCAGUCUCUGCUCUCCCCCACUGUGAAGGAGGAGCGUACCAUGCUGGAAGACAUCCAGGUCACUCUGACUGAACUGGACAAAGUUGCCUUCUAUUUCAAGCAAAUGGAUGAAAGUCUUGUAGCAAAUACUCAUGUCUUCUACCACAUCGAAGGAAGUCGUCAGUCCUUGAAGGUUAUCUUUUAUCUUGACAGCUACUACUUCUCCAAACUGCCUUCUCGGUUUCAGAAUGGGGGAAGCUUGAAACUACACACGGUGCUAUUUACAAAAGCUCUGGAGAGUAUGGAGGGGCAAUUACAACCAGCUGGUUCACCUCUGGAAGAACUUCCCCAGCAAAUUAAUGGUCUCUCUCUUGAAAAAGUGCAGCAAUACUACCGUAAACUCAGGACAUUUUAUCUAGAGAGAUCAAACUUGCCCACCGAUUCCAAUACUACGGCAGUGAAGAUUGAUCAGCUUAUUCGUCCCAUUAAUGCAAUGGAUGAGCUUUGCAGGCUGAUGAAGUCUUUCAUUAAUACAAAACCCACCCAGUCAGGAUAUUCAAGCAGUAACAUAUCAGGAGCUGGCCUGCUACCUAUAUCCUCUGAGCUCUGCUACCGACUUGGAGCCUGUCAGAUUACUAUGUGUGGCACUGGAAUGCAGAGAAGUACACUGAGUGUGUCCCUGGAGCAAGCAGCCAUACUGGCUCGAAGUCAUGGACUUCUGCCCAAGUGUAUUAUGCAAGCUACAGAUAUCAUGCGAAAGCAAGGACCAAGGGUUGAAAUCUCUGCCAAGAAUCUGAAAGUGAUGGACCAAAUGCCACCAUGUGCGCCCCGACUCUACAGGUUGUGCCAGCCACCUACAGAUGGGGAUUUAUAAAAGUAAGAGAGGCAUCUGCGUUGUGGCAUCAUUCAAACAUUCAACAACAAGCAGCCCUGUCUGAGGACUCACGCUAACUAACACUGACGGCGCUGAAACGAGAGGAGAGAUGGUGCUCUGAUGUAGUCGGAGGUGAACGUGCUGGAUCCAGGCACCAAGAAUCUGUCUUUGAACUCCUGCAGCACAUACAGGGAUUCUUGUAUGGCUUUGACUUCUCGAAGAAAUUCUUGAAACAAAGACCACAGAACUAAAAGGGAUGUUACUGCCAUUUGCUAGAUGCCUGGAAAAAUGAUAAUUACGCAUCAAGAAAGCGCAGUUUUACUGAUGACUUGUUUGUGCUGCCACCUAAAAGUUGUGGACUUAAAGGUAUGGAUUGGUUAAGAAAAUCCAGAAAGACACCUCUCUCUCUCCCUGUACUGUAUCUGGCAUCCAUUUAAUUGCCAGCCUCAUUUUGGUCAGUGGCCUUGAGCAGUAGCUUCACAAACACCACUUUUUAAUGUACUGACCUGCACUUUGGAACAACAAAUAGCACAAUCUAUGGUUUAUUGAGAUACGAACAGAAAGAAUUUCUUCUGGAGUCAUUUUCCACUUCAGCCAAGUGAGAACCAAUCUAUGCUGCAGAGUAUACAUUCCAUAAUACUUCUCACCAUUACUUCAUGUUACUUACUGUAGCUUUCAGGUUUUGGAUUAACUCUUUUUACUAAUGCCCUAUUAUGUGCUCUGGAAAUACAGUGGUAUAUAAGGGGAGAGAUUGGAGUGAAAGAUUUUAAAGGAAACUUUACAAAGGAAAAAUACAGUCUUAUAAUCUGAUUAUUUGAACAGAUGUAGUUUUUAAAACCAGUCAGAAGAACUAUACUUAUUUAUGUGGAGCAGAAUAUGUGUUUUGGAUCAUGUUAUUAUAUAUACAAGAUUUAAAUAAAAAUUAUAUUGUUUAAAAUGGGACCAAUAUGCUGGCAAUUAAACAGCUACUCCCAGUUUACUGAAAAGAAGUCUACAUUAUUUAAAAUCUUUCAAUAUUUAAGUAGUCUUUAAUACAGUUAUUAAGAUGUAUUAGGGAUGCUUUUAAGUUAAAAGAAAAAAAAGGAAUCAUGUAUAUAAUGUACUUUAUUUUUUCUUGUUUGAAAAAUUGUUCUCCAUUCUGUCAGUGUUAUCCUAAGCACAGUAUUUUUUUUCCAAAUUACUGGCUGAAACUAAUUGAAACAUGUCAGCAGUCUCAGGACAGAAAUAGUGUUCUUUUGGAGUGCCUUAAUAUGACCACCCAUCCCUAACAAAUUUCAAUUGUAGCAGGUGUCAGUGGGCAGGUGUAUAAGAUAUUUACCAUUCCUCUGUUUCUCCACAGUCUCAUUUAAAACAGUUCAUUGUUAGCAGAUCCAGAAGCGCUUUACAGUGAUGUGUAUUCUACAAGAUUAAAGGUGGUUUUUUUUGUUUUUUUUUUUUUUUAAUUAUUCUUAUUAUUUCUGAGGUUGUUUGUGUUUUAGCUGCGUUACUUUUAUUAACAUCCCAACCAAUUCAAAUCUUAAAUUAAAAUCAGACCCUUUCAAUUUGGAUAUGAAGGUCUUUUAAUUUUUUAAUUUACACAUCAGCACAAAACAGCUUAUGACAAGUUUGGGGAUGCAGCUUGUUCUGAACCUUGUUUCUGAUUCUUUAAAGUAUUUUCUUUGUGACUCACAGACUGAAAUCAUUUUGGGGAAGGAACAUUUUUAAUUAUUUCCUCUGACUUACAGUAACUUGUUGCAGGGAACUAGGGCAACCCAUCAUUAGCCAGCUGUCAGAUACAGGGGUUUGUUACUAGAGUAACCAUUUUGUACUGCAGUAACAUGAGCAGAGCAUUAUUUCAAUGCACUUUCUCAUUUUUUGGUCAAUUUUGCAAGAGUUAUUCUCGGCCUUUGCUGUUUGAAGAAGAAAUGGAUGUUUCUCUACUGAAUUCUCAACUUAAAAUCUACCUAAUAUGGUCAAAAUAAGGACUGUAGGAACACCUAAAAGCAAAAAGAACACAUAUACCAAGAUCCUCGCUUUGUCUACAUCAGCUCUGUUCAGUGGAACUGCAGCAAUCUGUACAGCCUGGUGAGGAUCCUUGCCCACAUUUAUGUAGUCAUUGUAGACAUUAAAGAUGCAUAGAAGAGCAUCUAAGGGCAUUUACACUGUGUACUGUUUUACAUUGAAAUGUACAUGUUAUUCUUAUUGAAAACAUGAUAGAAGUAUUUUUAUUAUUAAAAGUUGAUGUAUAUUAUAAGGAAAGAAGAUAUGAUCUUAUUUUUCUGUUAUACUCUUGAUUUUCUUAGUGUUUAAGUUCUAUUUAACAUUUUAAGUUCGAUCUGAUAUUUCUAUUGAGCAGUGAGAAGUUCAAACUGUAAGGGAAAAGUAGUUUUUGAUACCAGCUGUGGUGGGUUAACAUCCCAGCCAGACCCAGUACACCAGCUCAAGCUGGCAGCAUGGUGCUAAACGCUUCCUGUUUGUGCAGUGCAGCUACAGAUGUGGUUUUACUGCAGACUUCAUAUUAAAGUAGAAAAGAAAAACUGUUUUGAUGCUACAAAAUUGCUAUGUUGGAAUCCAGGGCUGCAAAAAACAGAUUGAAAUAGGAAAAAGACAAAAAGCAGGCAAUGCACAAAUGAACCUGCGAGUUAAAAGAGUGGAUUAGGUCUGCAGAAUUUCCACGGCUAAAAGCAAAAUAAGAAUCAGGCCUACCACAACCUAGCAAGUGGGGAUUUCAUAGAGCUGACGCGUCUGAUACAUUGCCAUGUGGAAAACUUAGUUGAGAUGGAGAAAAUGGAAACUAGCAGCAUGAGUAUGAGGUGUAUAAGCAGCUGGCUAAAGGAGAGAAGGAAACACUGAAAAGAAAGUGGGAGUUGGAUGGGGGUUGCAAGUGGAAUUUCUUAUGUGUCAGUUUUGUAACUGUAUAGAUUUAACAUAUUCAUUAAUCACCGAAGCAGAUAUGCUACCAGACUGGGUUUGAUGUGGCACUAAGCUAGAGAAGAUUCAGGACACACACAAAGAUAGCCCUGGAAGACAAGCAAUUGACUGGGAUGAAAUUAUAUAGUACAAAUACUAGCACAUGCAGUUGAAGAUUAAACAAAGUAUUUUGCUGUAUUUCUUGUUAACUGAAAAUAAAAUGACCUUGGUUAUAGAGAUUGUCAGAUGAUGACUUAGAUUCAAUACAAUUAUCAUAAAAGCUCAGCCUGCACCAGGAGACAGGUUUCCAGUUGAGAAGUAUUCAAGACACUGUGUAAAGGCCUGCUGGGCUCCUAGCUGGACAGCCAUGUACAGUUGUAGUCACCAAAUAAUUGAGAUGGUGACUACUGAAUGGUGAAUUGAAUGGCUAGAUGUUGAUAAAAGACACUAAAAUGGUAUCGGUAAAGUGGAUACAAUUCUGCAAUUAAGAGUAGAAGAGCUUGAUUUCCUUAGCCUGAGGUACUGUACAUCGACUGUCUUUAGAAGAAGGCAUUGUAAGAAAAGUAAAGGCAGUUCAGUCUAAACCUAAACACUGCCAAAGAGACAAAAAGGAAUACAAGCAAUUGGGGAUAAAUAUUAGCUGAGAACUGUUUUGAACCUUAGAAAACUUCUCCAAUCAGAAUCUGAAAAAAAAAAAAAAAAAAAAAAAAAAAAAGGCAAACAAAAAGCUAACAACAAAACAAAACCCCAGCACUUUUACAAAGGUGCUCAUAAAACUUAGAAAAACCUGUAAGCAGCAGUGUUUAGAGUAACAGGAGAGCCUCUCUGGGUGGGUCAGGAAAGGCUGUGUGCUCUGUAUGUGUCUGUGACAGGAGCCAGAAACAGGCCCUGCUUUGCCCUGUUUUGUCUAUAGCAUUUGCAAAGCAGAAAGUUCAAGUCUAGGCCUAGCAGUCUUUGAGCAUUAGACAUUUUCAAAUGCCAGUACUUAUUUGCAGACUGAACUAGAAGGAUUUUUAGAUGAGAAACCACAGAUUCGGACAGAUGUCUCAACAAGUCCUUUCAGAAUAGAAAUAUUGAAAAGAAAAAUUCACCUGGGCUCUGGCAGAUCCUUUUGCCUCUAUCACAUUUUCUUAUCAGUAAGUGGUGCUAAAAGCUCACUGCUCUGCUAUUUGGGAAUAUUUUCAGUGCUAAUUAUUUCAUGGGUCUGAAGUGAUUUAGGAUAUAAAACACUAAGUGAAAACAACAAGAAUUUCAAUGUAAAAAUAAUUUGAAACGCUUCUGGCUCUGUAACAGUGCACACAGUACAAUCUGUCAUACUGCUUGGCAUUACGAGUGUCUGGCACAGCUGCUAAGCUGGUCAUUGGUCAAUGGCAAAAGGGGAAAAAAAAAAAAGAACAACAAAAACUUAACAAACAGCUCGUGAAGCUAUCUUAUUCACAAAAGCAUAGUGCAUAGGCUUACUGAUAAGGUAUCAGAGAUUAAUCAAAUUAUCCAGUACAAUUUGUAUAUAAAACUACUAAGUAUAGCGUAGACCUACAAUGUUAGAAUACGAGGUUCAAAGUAAGACAAACCUGCAGAAGUUAAACAGGGAAGAAACAGCACGCUUUUUCUGCUCUGUACGUAGUGCGGGAGCCCCGGCUUUGAUUAGCACUGAGAAACCAUUGUCAUGCCACUGGGCUCUGAGCUGUCUCUGUAUGCAGAAAUCAUUUUUGUUUUCUAUUAAAUACCAUACAUGUUAAAUACCAUACCAUACAGCAGGUUUGAUGGUACUGUCACAACAUCACUCCACUUCAUCACUGAAGGAGUGUUUCUACUUAAUAUAAACAGAAGACCUUCUCGUGCCCUUAAACCAUGGCUUUCUGAGGUCUCUGUCUCACUGUUCCCAACUAACUUCCUUUGCUGUAACAAGCAAUUCACUUUUCCUUCCUGCUUCAGUUUGGGGAGGGAAAUUUUCUUACCACUGUACUGUGAAGAGUCAAAGGAGAAAAACUAACCUGUUUUCAAAACUGGGAGUUGUAAGCUGUUUUGAAAACAUGGAGUGCUUUACAUAUAUAAUAUAGUUCUAGUGACUUUAAAAACAGGAAGAUGGAUAGAAAAAUAGGAUAAACAUCACAAAGACACAUAAAGAAACCUCUGCAUUUAAUUCCCGUAGGUAUAUUAUUUGACAGCACUUGGUUAGAGGUAAAACAACUGAGCAUAUUUGUCAUUCUGCUCCAUUUCAGGAAUCAGAAGUACCAUAUAUUUAUACACACCAUCAGGGAACCUACUUUACCAUACCUGUUUUCCUUUAGGACAAAAAAAAACACAUUUACGUAUGAAGUUUCUUCAGGCUCCUUAUCAGUAGCUGUUACUAUCUUUGAUUUGAUGAAUAUCAGAAUUCAGAACAUAAGUGAAUGGUAAAUCAAUAAUCUUUUUAAAAUAUGGUCUUGGCAAUAGGCUAUUUAUUUUGGAUUUCCAUAUAGUCCCUGUUAAGCCCAUUUCUUCUAUCGCACAGUUUGGCACACAUAUAAUACUGUUUAUUCCAGGUCCUACUAAUUGUCAAUGUUUCUGUAUACUGUGAGAAUCAGGCUCUGAUUCUCUGUUGCAAUCAAUCAAGUGUACCAGAAGAAAAAUUUGUUAGUACCUGUACCACCAUUGGUUACUCCUUUUUAUUCUCAAGGCCACCCUUCAGUGCUGAUUUAAAGACAAAAGACAUCAAUUAUCUUAGAACAACAGGUUUGGUUUUCAGAGUUUUCAUGGCCAUGUCUAGAUGAGAUAAGACCACAAGAUGAAAAUCACUGCACUAGUACAGUAAGUAUAGAAUACAUAACUCAUUGCAGAGGACAGAAGACUUCUGAAAGGCUUUUAUUUUUAGUCUUGUUACAAAGGGUAGCAAUGGCCACACUACUCUGACCAUAGGUUAGACCAAAUUUAAAAGGCUUUUGAAAGAUAACUGAUGAUCAGCUACAGGAACAAGACUGAUAAAACAUUACUGCAUCUACAGCUCAUUUUGCACCUAAGAUCAAUUACCUCAUCUGGGCAGGGGGGAAAUGCUGAAGUGACACAAGUUGUACAGUAUGUUUUUGCAUAAACCAGACCUUUACAUGGCUUUAGGAAAAAUGUUCUGAGAUGAUAUUUUUAUAUCAGUUCAUUGGACUGGCAUUUUCAAAUGUUUUGUAAAAAGAAAAAAAUGUACAGAAUAUUUGAGAGUUUUUUUCCAGUUAUGUUUGAGGGAUUCUAGUAUACUAAUAGAGUGUUAUAUUUUUCUUCAUGUUCUGUAUUUUUAACUAAGCAUGUGUAUCCUGCAUUAAGAAAAAAGUCUUAAUAUAAUUUGUUCAACUUUU